GUCACAAGAUUAGCCCAAAUGACCCGUGUGUUCAACUUCCACGAGCAUGUCAGCCAGCCUGAGCUGGUCAGGCCAGAGACAUCAACUCCUCGAGAAUUCAAGUACUUAUCCAACAUUGAUGACCAAAUCGGCCUGAGAAACCACAUUCCUUUUGUGCAUUUCUAUCCCCCCAGUAAAGAUUUUUGUGCCCGGGACCCUGCUGCGUUGAUUAAACAGGCCUUAGCUAAGGUCCUUGUUUACUACUACCCAGUGGCUGGUCGGCUGCGGAGUUCUGAAAAGGGCAAGCUUGUUGUUGAUUGUUGUGAUGAGGGUGUUAUUUUCCGUGAAGCCAAAGCUGAUAUUACAAUGGCAGAACUGCGCAGGAUUAAUGGCGGGUUGAAGCCACCAUUCCCUAUGUUGGAUCAGUUGCUUGUGGAUGAUAUUUGGGGCAGCUACCUGAUUACCGAUGCUCCCUUGCUUCGAAUACAGGUAACACGACUUGCAUGCGGAGGCUUCAUCCUAGCGUACACAUUCAACCAUUGUAUCUGUGAUGCCUAUGGUGCCUACCAGUUCAUAACUGCUUUAUCUGAAUUCUGCCUCAAUCUCAACCUCAUCGCUCCUUCCAACCUUCCGUCUUGGGGACGAGAAAUCCUAAAGCCCCGAACUCCUCCCAUCAUCUCCAAUCCCCACCCUGAGUAUGACAUAUCUAACCACCCUACCCUCGCAUACACCGAAACCGAUUUCAAGCUUCUUGCUCAAACCUCCAUCUUCUUCUCCAACGCAGACAUAUCACUGCUAAAAAACCAACUCAAUGGCCAUAGAAACCCUACCUUCGAUGCAGUGGCUUCAUGCCUAUGGAGAGCGAGGACCCGUACUCUUAUCAAACCCAAUGCCAUUACAAGACUUCUCUUCCCAAUUGACACCCGAUUUCGAUGCAAACCUUCUUUACCAAAAGGCUACUACGGAAGUGCUGUAGUGUUUCCGUGUGCGAUUGCAAAGGCAAAUGAGCUCAUGGGGAAACCAUUACAUUACACUGCUAGUUUGAUAUCUGAAGUGAAAAAAACGGUGAUGGGAGACGAGUAUCGGGCUUCGGUUUUGGAUUUCAUUGAGAUGAAUGGGCGUAGAGGGUUCUGCAUGGAAGAAGCAUUUGUGGUUUCAGAUAUGUGCCGCUUGACAUUUGCUAAUAUAGAUUUCGGUUGGGGCCCUGGCGUCUACGGCGGGCCAGCAAGGGCGGGGACUGGGCUGAAACCUGGAAUGGUGACAUCAAUUAUUGGGCACAAGAAUGAGGAGGGUGUUGAGGGAGUGUUGGCUCUGGUUUCCUUGCCGCUGGAAUCAGAGGACAGGUUUCAUAUGGAGGUUAGGAAACAGAUUCACUCUGCUACCUCGCUCAAUCUCAUUUCUGCACUCUAGGGAGUAUUCCCGAGGAAAUCCAGUUCUCAACUUUUCCUAGUCCUAAAUGCC